ACCAUGGGGUUACCCGACCCUCUUAUCCCCUACUUACGAUUUCGACGCUCCCCUCUCCCCUCUUCCCCGAUUCCUCUCGUCGGUCCGUCUGUCGCUCUCCCGGACCCUUCGUCUUCUUCCUCGCGCUCUCUCGUUCCUCAUUUUCUGGCGCUAGACCCUACUUCCUACCUCUCUCUCUCUCUCUCUCUCUCUAUACCUAAAUAUGACCGCCGUUGAAGAUACGCUGUGUCGGCGGCGACAUACAGGGAAAGACUGGCAUUAGGUGGAUGUCGGACGGCAGCAGAUUGGGCUGCGAAUUUUGAGGAAGGCUGCAAUCUCGGGCUCAGCCAGGUGGUGCACAGGGCGAAGGAAGGUUGUAAAGGCCGCAGUCGACGGUGUAAGACGGAGUAACGAAGCAUCAGAUGAUGGAGGAACAAACGACAACGACGACCUAGGGUUUCUCUUCUGUUGGCAGAAAGGGUCGAGCGCUGAGGAAGCUAUGCAUGAUAAGGACGUGGAAUGCCUAAGCUUAAAGAAGGGAUGCAAAGCUGAAAAGAAACAUAUUCUACUUUCUAUUACUUUGUAAGGUUGUAUCCAUAAGUUGGUAAACAUUUGGCAGCAUGCAGGGUCUAAGCACUAGCUGUGUUCAGCAAAGAUUUGCUUUAAUUAGAUGCUGUGAUUUGAAAGACAAGAAGUCUCGGCGUCGAAAAACAAGGGAGGAAAGGAGAACAUUGGUGGAGUCUUUUAUAGACAAGUACCGAACAUUAAAUAAUGGAAAAUUUCCUUCUCUUAAUCUAACACACAAGGAAGUCGGUGGGUCUUUCUACAUAGUAAGGGAGAUUGUUCGAGAUAUAAUUCAGGAGAAUAAGGUGCUGGGUCCUGGUAGUCCAAGUAUGAAAGCACUUACCCUUGAAGAUUGCUCGGAGGAACAUGAGUCAGAAAAUUUUGUCAUCAAUCCUCACUAUGAAGUGUUUACAUCAUCUAUUGAGCUUGCAGUUGAUGAGAAGCAGAUAGAAAGAUCCUCUCAAGCACACCUGGGCGAAGACAAUGAACAAUUAGUACCACCUGAUUUCAAUGAAAUUAUUGUAUCUGGUCAAAAUAAUCAUUUGUUCUCUCAUGUCGUAGAGCACAGUCCCGAUCAUUUACAGCAAUGCUCCAGUGGUGAUAAUGAGCAUGAUCAUCUAAUCAACACAGAGUCCAAGGAAGUGAACUUGAGAAAGCCAUCAUCGUGGACAUAUGACGAGACAGGAAACAAUGAAGAAAGUCGUUCUGCAGUUCACGGUGAUAUAGAAAGAAACAAAUUUCAUCAGGUUAAGCAACCAGAACCCUUGUAUGAGACUUUGUCAAUUACUUCUCCAGAAGAAGAGCUGCUGCUGAAUGAAGAUGUAAAAAACAAUUGCAAGAGUCUUGCUGAGACAGUUAACAUGUCAACAGAAAAUGGGAAUUAUGAGACUAGUACGGCAGAUGCUUUACCAGAAGAAAAGGUUUUUAUAAGCUCAUUGACCACAUCUGAUCAAUUGUUUAGUAAUUCAGCUUCCUCUGAGGAAGAAUUCUCUUCAUUGGUAUCUUCUGCUAUGAAGACUGACUCAGACAAAUUAGUUACACCCCAGGAUGUUGCGAGUAUCCAAAGUUUGUCCAAUGUGCAGGAAGAGUCAUCCAAUGACGAGCUUUCCAUUCCAAAUGGAACCGAGCUUGUAGAAAAUACCUUUCCCAGUUUAGAUGAUAAAGUAACAAACUCCAUGUCGCAGGUAUCAGAAAAUCCGAUUUUCCCUCCAUCUGGCAUUUUGCAGGCUGAGGCACCACCUGUGCCUAAGGUUUAUGAUAUGGAGAGCUCCAGGCAAAAAACUGAAUGUGCUUCUCCUGAAUCACUUUUGCCGACCAUGCAGGAAAUAUCAACGAUUCCAUUAAAGACUGGGCAUAAAACUGAAGAUAACAGUAUGGACAGGAGUAGCAGCAAGUCUGCAAAUGCUAACGAGGAGAUCCAGUCCAAAACCAAUCCAGUGUGGAAUGCAAUAAAAGCUUUUGUGACUGGUUUUAUCAAGUUUUGGUCCGAGUAGAGGUCUGCCGUAAAAAAAAAAAAAAUGUGUCAUUUGAAUCCUUUUUAUCCAUUGAAGGAUGCUCUUUUCUUGUGCAUCGAUCGCAAUUCAGUGCUCUUGGUUGUGCCUAGUCACCAUGUAAUAUGCACCCCUCUGCUCUUGUUUUUGCUAUAUUACCUGUGUUGAUGAUCAGCUGAAGCAUGCGUCGGGGUUCCUGCUUACCAUGAGUAUAGGAUGCAGCUGUAGUCAGGUAUCAUGAAUCUAUGCCAAUUUGGAUGAAUGAGGUUUGUUUCUUUUUAUCGUCAA